UACUGCUACCAUUACAAUAUGUCCACCCAAACUCUCAACUCUCAAAUGCUCGGUCCCAAGGGCCGAGCCGUUGGUGGCACCGAGCACAACUGGUGCCGUGCGGUGGUCGGUGGCACUGGCAUAGCUGUCUUGGCUAUCUUUUCUUCCAAAAAUCCCGACAUUUCACGCCUCCAAAAUGCCCUUCAUAAGCUACAAAAUUCCCAUCCGAUUCUUAGGUCUAGACUCCAUUAUAAUCCUAGUGCAAAUGCUUUCUCCUUUGUUACGUCUCCUUCUCCUUUCGUGCAAAUCAAGUCCUUUAACCUUUCCACAACUUGUAACAUCUUUGAAAAUUUUUGUAACCAAGAAGAUAAAAAUAUGUCACCCCUGCAAUUGAUUCUUGAACAUGAACUUAACCAAAAUGUUUGGAAUAGUUCUCAUCCGAAUAACACUUCAUUUAGCAACCAAAAUGACUUGUUUUUUGCUAGUGUUUAUGGUUUGCCUACUGCAAGGUGGGCGUUGGUGCUCCGCCUACAUGCCGCCGCAUGUGACAGGACCACGGCGGUGUCGUUGCUGAGAGAGUUGUUGACGUUAAUGCGUACUGAAGAAGAGGAGACAGGGUCGCAGCAGGGUCAAAAAGAAGUUAUGAUGAACAAAGGAGAGGUUAGCUUGGCGAUUGAAGAUCUUAUUCCUAAAGGGAAAGCCAAGAAAACUCUUUGGGCACGGGGAGUGGACAUGCUGGGCUACUCUGUUAAUUCUUUAAGGCUGACAAAUUUGAAGUUCAAAGAUGCAAAAUCUCCCAGAUCCAGUCAAGUAGUGAGGUUGCUGAUCAGCCCUGAUGACACUGACAGGAUCUUGACUGGUUGCGAAGCUAGAGGGAUUAAGUUGUGUGGAGCAUUAGGAGCAGCAGGGCUUAUUGCCGCACACAGUUCUAAAUGCUUUUCAGAUCAUCAAAAGAAGAAGUAUGGAGUUGUAACUCUCACCGAUUGCCGCUCAAUUCUUGAACCUCCUCUUUCCAAUCACAAUUUUGGAUUUUACCACUCAGCUGUUCUAAACACGCAUGUCAUUAAAGGAGGAGAGAAGCUUUGGGAGUUAGCAAAGAAAAUGUACACAGCAUUUACAAACUAUAAGAACUGCAACAAGCACUUGUCAGACAUGGCAGACCUGAAUUUCUUGAUGUGCAGGGCCAUGGAAAACCCUGGCUUGACUUCAUCGUCAUCCUUGAGGACAUCUUUAAUAUCAGUGUUCGAGGAUACGGUGAUUGAUGAGUCUAAUGACCAGCAAAAACAAGUUGGCCUAGAGGACUACAUGGGCUGUGCUUCUGCUCAUGGCAUCGCCCCGUCCAUCGCGAUUUUUGACACUAUACGUGACGGACGGCUGGAUUGUAUUUGCGUUUAUCCUUCACCACUGCAUUCAAGGGAGCAAAUGCAGGAGCUGGUUGAUAGUAUGAAGUGCAUUCUUGUGGAUGCAGGGAACAAUAAUAAUGCUGAUGAAAAUGAGAGCUAGAGGCUCAGGGCAGUUGGCCUUUCGGUGAAGUGAAACCAUUGAUGGAUGUUGCUGUGGCCCAAUCACUAUAGGUUUCUUAAAAGCUUAAGAACUACCCGUAGACUCUAGAAAAUUGGCAGCUUGGUUUCUUAAUUGUGGUUGGUUUGGGGAGUUGUCCCCAUUUACAGUGUUCCCCACUUGGUUACUCUACGUCAAAUCUUCAGAUCAAUUCAAUAGGAUUUAGUUUAUGU